CCCUCCUUCCCUUCCUCCCUCCCUCGACAAGAUGGCGGCGCCCUUAGCGCGGCAGCUGGAGGAGCUGCUCAACCCCCGGCCCAGCUUACGCGACCCCGAGGACGACGCAGAGGAAGCUACAGUCGCUAAAGUGAUUGACAAAUUUGAGGAUGAAACUGCAGAUGACAUUCUCCCUGUUGGUAAUAUACGGAAAAAAGCUUCAGCCUCUCUCUUGGAAGCUGAUAAAAGGUACAGUGGAAAAGCUACGUCUCGCAAAGCUUUGCAAGAAGAACUCUGGGGAGAUGCUCUGUCUGAAGAAGGAUCUGCUGAAGAAGCAUUAGAUGAAUGGUACAGCGGCAGUGAAGAUUCAGAAGAGAAUGGCAGCUUAGGCACUAAAACAAAGGAGAAACCCAGCAGUGCUGGCAGUGACCAGGAGGAUGACUUCAAAGAUGAUGAAGAGACAGAUCUGUCUGUCAAGGCCGAGGCAUCGAAGUUCAGUUUCCAGAAUAUCACCGACUUUGAGAAAUUUACAGAGGGGAUGGAUGAUGUAGGAAGCAGUGAAGGGGAAGAUGAAGAUGAUGCCAGCAUGGAAGAAGGAGAUGAGGAGGAGGAAUAUGGGAGUGAAAACCAUGACAAUAUAAAGGAAACCAAAGACAGCGAAGAUGAUGGGGGGAUGAUGACAUUCUCAAAAGGACAAGAGGCUGAAGAAGUAGAAAAAGGAAAAGCUGUGAAGAACCAGCUAGCACUGUGGGAUCAACUAUUGGAAGGGAGAAUCAAGAUGCAGAAGGCGCUCGUAACAGCCAACCGGCUUCCACAGCCAGACACUUACCCAAUCUUCAGAAAGGAAGGUGGACAAGAAUUUGACAACGCUGUCGAGAACUGUUGUAAAGCCCUGGAGGCAUUGCUGAAAGUAUUAGUGGACCUUCAGGAUGAGCUGCUUUAUCAAUACCCAGGCACGAGGCAUCUGGUAGAUGGAAAGCAAUCAAAAACUGAGAGUGAUGAUGAAAUCCCUAGCAGUAGCGAUGAAGAGCAAGUGGAUAAGGCUCAGGAGAAGAGGAGGAGCCUCCCCAAACGAAAGCUAAAGAUGGAGGACUACCCAGAAUUCAUAGCCAAGCGGUAUGCUGACUUCAGGACGUAUCGGAACAAUGUCUUGCAGAAGUGGCAUGACAAGACAAAGCUGGCAUCUGGCAAAAUGGGAAAGGGUUUCGGUGCCUUUGAGCGUUCAAUCUUGACUCAGAUUGAUCAUAUUAUGAUGGACAAGGAGAGAUUACUACGACGGACACAGACCAAGCGAUCAGUGUAUACAGUGCUGGGAAAGCAGGAACAGGAAUCUCAUCCGGUCCCUGAAUCUUUGCCUGAAAAUUCGGAAGUCCUCCCUCAGUCAGAUUCCAACAGGCACCUGAAGGACAUAGACGAGGAGAUAUUUGAUGAUGAUGACUUUUAUCACCAGCAGUGUCCCCAGUCCUGCAGUUGACGCUGCACCGAAAGAACAUUUCACUGUCAGCCCCAAGGUCAACAAAACCGUCUCUGCCUCAACUAAUGGCUGAUCGGCUGGUGGCCUAGUUAGUGCAGAGGAGACGACUGUGUGCAAGGUUUAGUCUCCUACUGCUGCGCAAAGCUUUUCCCUGCUAAUUCUGUACACAGAGGAGAGGAUAUGCCCCCCAGCAAAUAAUGGGAUCCCUGCUGUCGCCCUGCUAAGUGGCACACAGUUCGGCUCCUUGCCCUUCACAACCAUCACGGGAAACGCUGCCUUGCCAAAAGGAGAGUGAUCCUGUCUGAGAAGAUCCUGCCCACUUCCCAGGUGCAGCAUUAGGAACCUGCCCCAAAAAUGCAUCUUGUUCUAACCAGUGCGGACAUAGGUGUAAGAUCUUGGUGGCAGUCCUGGGUCUACCAGUCUGUGGAUUUGGUGGGCCACCAGGACGAGCAAGUCCUGCUGAAAAACAUCUUGCUGCUUAGUUCUCUAAGAGCGUAGGACGUCUGUGCGUUACCGUGUUUUGUGCCUUAGCCUCUGCCAUUACUACUCAGCAGUUUUUUCUGUGCGUCGUGCCAAAGAAGCAAGAUAAGAGGAGACAGUAAACACACCUCAUUGCUGGUACAGGAAGAAACCACUAAACCCUUGCUGCACCAUUUCUCGCUGCUGUUAAAACCCUCCCUCCCACCUUGCUUUUGACAGAAUAUUGACUAGAAACCAAGAUCCCAUUUCUGCUUAGCCUUAAGGGCAGCUGUUUACAGAGUAGCGGUGUUACAUAGGUUUACUGUGUCGUAUGUCUGUGUAACACUGGAUUUGGAUCUUGUAUUUAGCUGCCAGAAGUGACUGUGAUGAAGUGGGAGAGAUAAACUGAUAGAUUGUGUGCCAGAAAGAUGUUGGGAAUCAAUCAGAUAAACAGGGCAGAGAAGUAGCUUGCUGUUUUCUUGUGAUAAUAAACCAGCGGCCUCUCGUCCUGGAAUUUUUAAAUGUAAUUGCUGCAGUAAUAAUCUCCAAAACUAAGCAAAUAGAAAAAAAGUCAUGGCAGGUUUUUAAUUAUGCUUGAAUUGCUCUUUUUUUGUUUUUGUAAUAUGGUGUAUGCCUUGAAGGAGAGAAGAGAUGUGCACAGGUAUAAAUAUUAUCUCUGUUGCUUGAGUGUCUCUUAUUUGAAAAUAAAAAAGGGUCGUAAAAUGA